AUGUUAAAAUUAAGACAAUCGCCGGUUCUUGCAUCGAAGCAAUUAAAGGGCGCUCUUGAUAAGCAUGGCUAUCAAGUUACUACGUAUGCUAGACCCCAUGAUCUCUUGAUUACCAGAGGUAAGGGAUCUAAACUUUAUGACGACCUACACAACAAGAGCUAUGUGGAUUUUACUGCAGGUAUUGCAGUGACAUCCUUGGGUCAUUCCAAUGAGGAAGUUUCGCGAAUUUUAUGUGAACAAUCUAAAAAGCUUAUCCACUCUAGCAAUUUGUACUACAACGCAGAAUGUUUGGAUUUAAGUAAAAAGAUUGUGGAGAAGACUAAGAGCUUAGGGGGCCAAUAUGAUUGCAGCAAAGUCUUUUUGUGUAGUACUGGUACCGAGGCCAAUGAAGCGGCAUUGAAAUUCGCCAAGAAACAUGGUUCACUACUAGGUCCAAAAAAACAUGGAAUCAUAGCUUUCAAAAACUCUUUUCACGGCCGUACUAUGGGUGCAUUGUCUGUUACAAGCAAUCCCAAAUAUAGAACACCUUUUGGUGAUUUGGUUCCUGGUACCUCAUUUUUGAACAUCCACGACGAGCUUAGCGUUUUCUCAGAUUUCAUCAAGAACAAGAAAGAUGAAGUCGCAGGUCUUAUCGUUGAACCAGUCCAAGGUGAAGGUGGUGUUUUCCCAAUUCCGGUUGAAAAGCUUGUAGGCUUGAAGCAAAUUUGCUCCGAGAACGACGUGGUAGUGAUUCAUGACGAAAUACAAUGUGGUAUGGGGAGAACUGGUAAAUUAUGGGCACACGCUCAUUUGCCCAAAGAGGCUCACCCAGAUAUUUUCACAUCUGCUAAAGCUCUAGGUAAUGGUUUUCCCAUCGCCGCUACAAUGGUCAACGAGAAGAUCAACAGUGCUCUGCAAGUUGGCGAUCACGGCACUACAUACGGAGGUAAUCCACUUGGUGGUGCAGUUGCCAGCUACGUUAUGGACGUUAUUGGUAAUGAGGAUUUUCUUGAAGGAGUUGUCCGUAAGGGUGAGAUAUUUCAAGGACGUCUAAUGAAGUUGUGUGAGAGCUACCCGGAACAGAUCAAGGAUUUGAGAGGACAAGGUCUUAUGAUUGGUCUGGAAUUUACCGAAGCACCCAAAGAAUUAAUCAGCAAAUGUAGAGAUUUGGGACUGCUUGUCAUUACCGCUGGUAAGUCCACCGUAAGAUUUGUUCCACCAUUGACGAUAUCUGAAUCUGAUAUCAACGAAGGUUUAUCCAUUUUUGAAAAAGCUGUGAACGAAGUUUAUGCUUGA